CGCAGACCACGCAGUUGUCAUAAUUUUUUUUCUAACAGAUACCGUGGAAUAAAUUUUUGCAAGCAAAAAACAUUAAUAAAUUAUGUAUUUUUAAAAGAAAAACAGUAUAAAAUUAAUAUACCUAUAGUCAAUAAUUCCUAACAAAUAGAAGUAAACAAAUAAAUACAAAAACAAUGAGAAUAAUAGCCGUAGUUUUACUAAUACAAAUUGCUGUAUGUCUACUGGAUUCGGCUUUGGCCGGAAGGGAUUUUUAUAAAAUUCUAAAUGUCCGCAAAUCUGCCACAACAAAUGAAAUAAAGAAAGCCUACAGAAAACUAGCCAAGGAACUGCAUCCGGACAAGAAUAAAAAUGAUCCCGAUGCUUCAACGAAAUUCCAAGACUUGGGUGCCGCCUACGAAGUGCUGUCCGAUGCGGACAAACGUAAGACCUAUGACAGAUGCGGUGAAGAGUGCUUGAAGAAGGAUGGCAUGAUGGAUCAUGGCGGUGAUCCGUUCGCCAGUUUCUUUGGUGAUUUUGGUUUUAAUUUCGGCAAUGGUGAUCCCCAUCAGCAUGACACUCCCAAAGGAGCGAAUAUUGUCAUGAAUAUGUUUGUCACAUUGGAGGAAUUAUAUUCGGGUAAUUUUGUGGAGAUUGUAAGAAAUAAGCCAGUUUUGAAGCCUGCUGCCGGUACAAGAAAAUGUAAUUGUCGCCAAGAAAUGGUAACACGAAAUUUGGGUCCCGGUCGUUUCCAAAUGAUACAACAAACUGUCUGUGAUGAAUGUCCCAACGUUAAGUUGGUGAAUGAGGAACGCACUUUGGAAAUUGAGGUGGAAGCCGGUAUGAUUGAUGGCCAAGAGACGAAGUUUGUGGCCGAAGGUGAACCCCAUAUGGAUGGUGAACCGGGAGAUUUAAUUAUUAAGGUUUUACAAAUGCCCCAUGAACGUUUCCAACGGAAGGGCGAUGAUUUGUAUACCAAUGUUACCAUCAGUUUACAGGAUGCUUUGGUAGGCUUUAACAUGGAUAUUGUACAUUUAGAUGGUCACAAAGUAGCAGUAUCUAGAGAGAAAAUUACAUGGCCCGGAGCACGUAUCCGUAAGAAGGGCGAGGGUAUGCCAAAUUAUGAAAAUAACAAUCUACAUGGCAAUUUGUAUAUAACAUUUGAUGUUGAAUUCCCUAAAAAAGACUUGGAUGAUACAGAGAAAGAAGAUUUAAAGAAAAUCUUAGAUCAAGCCUCAAUUAAUCGUGCUUACAAUGGUCUGUGAGAAGGCUCUGAAAAUAUGAGCUCUUUAAAAGCUGUAAAGACUUACAACAAAACACUUUAGUUAUUUAAUUUAGUUUGAUUUAUUUUUUAAUAAAAACUUUGUGAAUAUUAGAAUUUUUUCCAUUUGAUAUACAUAUAUUUUUUUGUGAAUGUAGUUUACUGAAAGAAAACCAAUCCUAAAAUUGUGAACACGAAUUUUCUUAAUAAAACUUUAUAAGUUUUUUUUUAAUAAUUUAUUUAAAUAGUAAACCAAAACCAUUUAUAAUAAAGAACACACAACAUGAUUGAAAAAAAAAAUAACAAA